AGACUCUCUCUCUCCUUAAGCUUAUGGGGUGCGUUUGUCUUGCGCUUCCGUUGUUCACCACGCAAGUUUCUCUCCCUCCCUCCCUCCCCUUCUCUCUCACUCAAUUGAAGAAUAGUGGUUUGAAAUUCUCGUGCUACUGUGAUUCGGUAGAUUUCCUUCACCCGUCGGUGCUAAAUCUUCACGAAAUUGUGUUCCGGGUUUCAUCAAUAAAGCGUGACCAUUCGUGAAGGUGAGCAGACAAGACGCUUCAAGUUGGCGGAGUAGGAAAUGGGCAAUUGCUUUAGAAAGGAAUAUGCUGAUGAAGAUGAUUCAGAUUAUAAGAUUUUCAUGGAAAAGAACGUUCACUUUGUAAAGGACCAAAAAGUUUGGGAAGAAAAAAUCUCUGAAGCUCGUAGAGAGGGCAAGACUGUUGUGGCAAAUUUCAGUGCAUCCUGGUGUGGUCCGUGUAGAGUGAUGGCACCAUAUUACAGUGAGCUUUCAGAGAUGUACCCUUCGCUGGUUUUUCUGGUGAUAGAUGUUGAUGAAAUGAAUGAAUUCAGUUCAACAUGGGACAUACAUGCAACGCCUACCUUCUUCUUCCUCAAAGAUGGAGUGCAGGUGGCAGACAAGCUUGUGGGUGCUAAUAAGACAGAACUUUUGACGAGAAUCACAAGCCUUGUUGAUUCAACGACAUAAUAUGUGCAAUGUAUGCAUAUGCACAUCCUGCAGUUUAUCUUCAGAGAUGUGGUUUGUCAACGGAUGAUUGAGGUCGUAAAUGCAUCUGUAAGAUCCUGCACGAGUGGAGCUGUUUCUUUUAUUAUCAGAAUAACAAAAAGAACCUAUAAUUGUUUACUUUGUGUUGUUUUUUUGUGAUUUUGGUGUGGCAGUUGGUCAACUACCAGCCUAUUUUUCUUUUCGGUUAACCUUUUUUUUUUUUUUUUCUAUGGUGAUCGGCAUUUGUAGGCAGUACAGUGGAUUGUCCAACUUGUAAAUUACUUCUUUGUUGAACUCUGAACUUAUAAGAGUACAAUUUAAUUCCACUUUCUUUUCAGUUA